UGGAAAGCAAGCCUUACCUUCCUGUGAGGAGCAGUCUACCUGGACCUCUACGCCAUGAACAGCACCCUGAGAGAUGCCCAGGCCCCGAGCCACCGGGAGUGCCUUCUCCCUUCUGUGGCCCGGACUCCCUCUGUUACCCAGAUCACGCCAGCCAAGAAGAUAACCUUCCUCAAGCGAGGGGAUCCCCAGUUUGCUGGGGUUCGCUUGGCUGUUGACCAGCGUGCUUUUAAGAGCUUUGGUGCUCUGAUGGACGAGCUCUCUCAGCGCAUGCCUCUCUCCUUUGGGGUGCGCUCUGUCACUACGCCCCGGGGCCUGCAUGGCCUCAGUGCCCUGGAACAGCUGAAAGAUGGUGGCUGCUACCUCUGCUCUGACAAGAAGACCCCCAAAACACCCAGUGGGCCAGGCUGGACACAGGGGAGAAACUUAUUUGCUCAGCAGUCAAGGGAUUUUGAAAGCCGGAGUGAGGCUCCAGGAACAUCCUCUUCCUGCAAGGGUCCUAAGGCCCCAAGGAGGAUAAUGCUAAUUAAGAAUGGGGACCCUAGACUCCAACAGACAGUGGUUCUCAGUCACAGAAAUACAAGGAACCUGACAGCCUUUCUCAGCAAAGCCUCAGAUCUUCUGCACUUUCCUGUGAAACAGGUGUAUACAACCAACGGGGAAAAGGUGGACUCUUGGAAGGGUCUGCUGCACAGCCCCUCCGUGCUAGUAUGUGCUGGUUACGAGUCUUUCAAACCUCUGGCAAUGGAAGAUGCCAGAAGAUAUGGGAUUGAAACUUUAUCUGGGCAGACUACUAGAAGCAAAACUGGAAGCUGGGGGCCAAAGGCCAAGCAGAGUGUGAUCCACUCAAGGCCCAGGUCGGGCAGUCGGCCACGGCGGUUUUCCUUGCUGUCAGAGAAGUCUGGUCUCAGCGACCCCCCAGUGUCCCUGCAUCACACCCAGAUGGGCCCUGCUCCUGACAGACACCCUCAGGACACGCCCGCCCAGCUUGGCCCAUUGGUGGCUAGUGAUGAUGUUGAGAAAAAGGUCUGCAUGAACCAGGAUGGCAGCCUGUCUAUAGAGAUGAAAGUUCGCUUCCACCUACUUGGCGAGGAUGCACUCCUGUGGUCCAGGAGGGUGAGGAGGGCCAGUGUCCUCACAGCAGCCAGUGGGGAGGUCCCUGUUCUGGGGGAGGUGGAUUCCCUCCACUGUGUGUGCGAGAGCCACCUGGGGGGGUCCUCAGAACCUGGGGCACAGAGACUGGGGCCUUGUGAGGCAGGAUGUGAGAAAGCCCUCGGACGAGGUCAGUGGCAGCCAGGGUCUAGUUAUGAGAUCUGGAUGAAUCCCCUGUACUCGGCCCAGGAAGAGGAGAUGGCAUCUCAGAGGAGAUCCAGGCUGACCCAACACUCCCAUUCCAGGAAGCUCUGGAACCAAAGGGUCACUGGAAGGAAAAGGAGCAGCAAGGACAGUGUCAGCCCUGACUCCAGUGACAGGCCCCCCAAAGACUCUGAGCCCAACUCCUCCUGUGGCUCCAGGUCUCCAGAGGGCAGCGUGGGCAGCUGUGACCUACAUGUGGCCUCUGGGGCUGUCUCCCAGAGAGAAGCAGGACGGGAAGCUGGUGGCAUGUCCAGGACUAGUAAAGGCCCAGGUGCACAAGGAACAGGGCAGGACAGGGAGCCUCAUAGCUGCCUGAAACCCCAGAGCCAAGACAUGGCAGGUGCUCCUUGUGGGUCCUCAGGGAGUGCUGGGUCUCAUGAGGAGUCCAGUGAAAGGGAAAAGCAGCACCAGGGCUGCCUGAGCAAGACAAGGGUUAUGACUGCUUCCUGGUCAAAGGCCACUCAGAGGGAAGGCCCCAGUCCUCCCGCAGUGAGUCCCCUAUCUUUGAGGAACAAGGACUCACAGGCAGAGGAGAGUAGACAAGGUUCUAGGUACCCUGAGGCUAAGGGAAUGUCUGGGGUGAGAUCACCGCUGGUUUCAGAUCAUUCUGGCUCUGGGGAUACUGCAGAAAGUUGUUCUCUGCCUUCUGCCUGUGCCUCAGUCCCAGGCAGGAGAAGAAAGCAGAAGGACCGAGCCAAGGCUGUGUCCUCACCCAGCAUUUCCAGCCAUAGCCAAGGGGCCUGGAUAGGCCACCUCAGGCAGCGCCCCAACCUAAGGGACAUCCAUUGCCAGCUUGACUCAGCUGUGCCCAGACAAGUGCCAGGGCCUCCUAGCAGAGGCAGGGCCUGCCCAGAUAGCCCAGCAUCACACCUUUCUGGAAGCUCACCUGGUGCCAGGAACCAGGCCUUCCAAGAUGCAGGGCCUCCAUCCUCUGCCUCACUUCAUUCCCAGGAUGCACAGGGGGUUAGCAGUGCUCUCAUGACCCCUGUGAGCAAUUCUGACUGUGCUUCCAAUUUCAAUCCCCCAUACUCUCCCUCUACUGAGAUUGAAGGUCACUCUGAGUUCAGGGCAUGCUCACCAGCUUUCUCACCUUCCAACACAUCGGACCUUUUGAGCAGCCCAGCUGAUGGCCUGGACAAAAAAGGAGGGGGUGACCUUCUCAAGCCUUCCUGGACUUUAGUUCUGCCAGUUGGAGAGUCUGAGGGAGGGAUGCCAGAAGCCCACCGAAGCUGCUGCUGCUCACCAAUCAGCACAUCCCUGUUUGACGGGACCCCUGGUGAGAAGACUCAGUCCCUGCAGACCUACCAAACAUCAGGCAGCCAGGGGCCCUUCUCUGAGGUCUCCUUGGUAUGUGACAGGUACUGUCCCACUCCUCCGAGGACAUGGCCUUUUGUCAAGAAACACCCUUCAGGAAGCAGUAGCCCUGGUACUGGCUGGGGGCCAGAUAGGGGGAAACUAAGGGAGGAAAAGCUUGAUGUAUGGCACCCACGGCCCCCGGGCUCUCAGUCAGGGGCCAUGAGGGAAGCAGUCAGAGCCUGGAGAAGGGGCAGCUCCAGCUGUGGUCCCAGGACUGGGAGAAUGCUGCAAGGGAAGGCUGUUGGUGGAGGGGAAAGUCUGGAGGAGCAAGAAGAUGGCAGGAUGGCCCUGGGUGCCCUGCCCAGAGCUUCACCAGAUACUGUGGUUCGUGAGUGGCUGAGCAACAUCCCUGAGGAGCCCAUACCCAUGAAAUGUGAGACGGUGGAUGAGAGUAUAGUUGUGGUGGGGGAAGAUCCAGAAGGCCCCAAGGAGGAUCCUGCUGACAAACAUUCCCUUAAGGGUCUAGGGGAGCCAGUUCCAACCAGACAACUGUCCCAUGAAGGGGCUGCCAGUGAGAAAGCAGAAUCAGACAGAGCCUUCCCAGUGACUGGUGAUGCUCAUCCCACGUCAGGAGAGGGUCUUCCUUGUAGCGGAGUUUCAGAAACCCCCAAGGAGGCUGAAUCAAACAAAGGCAUGGCUGUGGACUAUGGUGUUGGCCAGCGUGUGCUUCCUCACAAGGUUUCUGCCUCCAUACAGAUCAUGAAAGUGCUGAUGGGCUCCAAGCAGGGUCGGCCAAGCAGUCUUCCUGAAGUGUCCAGUACAGUGGGUAGAAGGCUCAGCCACUCUGCCCGGGCCCUUAUCACCUGUCUUGCUGAGCUCCACUUCUUUGAUGAAGACUUUGGGUCUCCUACUGACAAAGUGAGGUUCAGAGACUCUUCUCAGUACCAGGAACUCUUGAGCACCUUCCAGUCCCUGUGGCCAGGAUGUGGCCUCAGGCAAAGUGAGCUGGACUCAGGCCUCUGGGAUCUUGGCUGGUGCCAGGCUCUGCCAGGCCUUGGGUCCCAUGUCAUGCCUGAGGACUUCACACCAACGUCCUCAUCUGGUGUGGAUGUUGGCAGUGGCUCUGGAGGCUCAGGGGAAGGCAGUGGACCCUGUGCCAUGGACAGCACCCUGGUCCCUGAGGGGAUAGAGCUGCCCUUGAAAAUCCCCUCCCAGAGGCCUGAUUCUAGAACCUCCAAGAACCAAGAUGAUCCAGAAAACCAACAGCCCAUUGGUUCUACAACCUCUUCAGACUCCCAAGAAAGGGUUUGUGCCACCAGGAAAGACAAGGCAGAAAGAAACAGUGGGGAGCAGGUGCUGGGCAGUAACCUGGACCAAGUAGUUGAAAACACAAUUCAAAAAGAGGAGGUACAACUAGAGAAAAUUGAAGAAGAAAAAGAAAUAGCAGAACUUCAAGGAGAGGGUGUCCAAGGAUCUCCAGGAGAGGGAAGAGUCAUGGGACAAGAAUUUUCAGAGGCUGACUCUGACAAUGGGGAAGGUACACAGGAAAAUAAUAGUGUGCAGGAAGAGGAAGCAGGAGGAGACCCUGCCUCCAGUACACUUUGCCAUCCAGGGACAAGAGAGAAACCACCAGAGCCCCCUGAGAGCCUCAGCAGGAGGGAUUCAGAUGCCAGUGAAAGUCAGAGUAGCCCCAGCAAUGAGCCUGGUUUGGAGAAGCUGCUCAAAACAGCUGAGAUAGGCCAUGAGCAAACCCAGGCCAGGUACUCCCAGGGGUCUGGGGAGAAGAGCUCUUCUACAGCCUGCAGAGUGUCCCCAGACCCUGACCCCCUCUGGGUGUCCAAGUUGCUGAAGAGGAUGGAGAAGGCCUUCAUGGCCCACCUCACCAGUGCCACAGGCGAGCUCCGAGCCCGCUGGAGCCUCCAGAGCAAUUACCUCCUGGACCAAAUGGUGGCAGAGUUGCAGCAGGACGUGGGCCAGCGGCUCCAGGCUAGCACUGAGAAAGAGGUCCUCAAGAUCCAGAGCCGGGCAGGUGGGAGGACGCUGGGGCUGGAGAGGGAAACCCUCAGAUGGGAAAUGUCCCUGCAGACAGAGCAGCGCAGGCGUCGCCUCCAGGGUCUGCGCAACCUCUCAGCUUUCUCAGAGCAGGCUCAAAGCCAGGGGCCCCUGUCCUUCCCUGUGGAGGAUGUGCCAACCCUCCAUGGAGCUCUGGGGACCUGGCUGGUUGGGGAGGCUGAGGGGGAGGAGUUUUGUCCCUGUGAGGCCUGCAUGAGGAAGAAAAUGAUCCCUACAUCCCCAAAAGACACAAUGGGGGCACCCAGCGCACCCAUCAAAAAGGCCUUUGACUUGCAGCACAUUCUGCAAAAGAAGAAAGGAGGGUGUGCUAAUGGGGAGGGAGCAGAGGCAGUCCCAGAGAAGAGAGGGAUGGAGCUGCUCCAGGGGGACACCUCAGGGACAGGGACUAUUCAGGGGUCCAAUGGAGGCCUGGAAUUGGGGUUAGGCCAGGAUCCUGGGACAGAGGAGGGGGGUGAGGAUGAAAGCAGCCAGACCCUUGAUGGGGAUGGAGACCCCCAAGUAAGAGAAGACGAUGAAGUUGCUCAGAAUGGAGAAGGGAUAACAUAUCCUGGGCAAAGCAGUGUCCCUGAAGGAGCAGGCAGGGAGGAGGAGGGCUCUGGUGAGAAGGAAGAAAACUCAGAGAUGGGCUCUGGGGCUGAGGGCAGUUUGGAAGGUGAAGCCUCAGGAGGAGGUGACCAAAGUCCAGAGGGACAGAACGAUAGUGCCGUAACUACAGAAGGAGAAAGGAAUCCAGAGUCAGGGGGAGGAGGUGGAGGUGAGAAAGAAAGUAGCUCGCAAGUUGUCUGGGACCAGGGCCAACAAGGUGAAACUUCUGGAAACAGUAGACCAGACCAAGAGGGGAAGCCAGCACUGCUCUCUACCCCAAGUAGAGAUGCCCCCUGCCAAAGGUCAGACUCGAAAGCAGGCCUUGCGUCCUCCAGCACAUUUUCUCUAGGAAACUGCUCUCAGCUCUCUCAGAAAGGCUCUGAAGAAAAGCCUUCAAACAGAGACAUGAGGAGCAUCGAAGAUGAGUCCAAGGGAGUCCCCAGUCCAGAGAGAAAAGGCACGUCUCCAGAAAGCUCCACUUCUGAGCAAGAAGGGGUCCCCUUUGUCCCAAGUACUCCAGAGCAGGAGAUAGGCUUGGCCUCUGGCCUAGAAGCUGAGAAUGUAGUUGAAAGUCCCUCUUCCACAGAAAUGAGGUUUAAAAAAAAAAACUUCACCAUGGACAGGACAGAUGGUUUUGGCUAA